GUAUCAGGUCGGGGAACAAUAAGGAUUAUUAGAGCCACCUAUGGACGGAGCGAUCGCAUAACAUGUUCUUAUGGGCUUCCAGCUUCUCAGAUCUCAAAUACGAACUGCAGAGCACCAGUCACCAAUAUAGUUUCCUCUCUGUGCCAUAAAAAAACGAGAUGUGCUGUUUCUGCAUCAAACUCACAUUUCUCUGAUCCUUGUGUUGGAACUUAUAAAUACCUGGACGUGACUUUUACAUGUUUAUAA